AUGAAGACAUACGGAGAGCGUGCCAUAAGCUUGCCAAACAAGACUGCACGAGAGUUACUUACGCUUAUGGAACGUAAAAAAUCUAAUCUUGCGGUAGCACUUGACGUGACAACCAAACAAGAAUUUCUUGACAUUGCAGACAAAGUUGGGCCAUAUAUCUGUUGUUUGAAAACACAUAUUGAUAUAGUGGAAGAUUUUGAUCAAGAUCUUAUCGAUAAACUUAAAAAAUUACAAAAGAAACAUGAUUUUAUAAUCUUUGAAGACAGAAAAUUUGCAGAUAUUGGUAAUACAGUAAAACAUCAAUAUUCCAAAGGUAUUUAUAAAAUCGUAGAAUGGGCAGAUAUUGUAGAUGCGCACGCAAUACCUGGAGAUGGUAUUGUAACAGGAUUGAAAGAAAUUGGAUUACCUUUAAAUCGAGGAUUGUUGCUUCUCGCAGAGAUGUCUUCAAAAGGAAAUUUGGCUACAGGGGCUUAUACAGAAGCCACAAUUGAAAUGGCUAAAAGGCAUAAAGAUUUU